CAUCCAUCAAUCAGCUAUCUUUAAUAUUUCUGUUGGAAUCCCUUCGAGAAGCAGCGAAAAUGAAGUUCCUCUUUCUGAGUUUUGCCUUGAUCGCCCUGAUCUCCUGCUCCCUGGCUCUUCCUCUGGAUCUGGACAAUGGUGAACCGUUGACUUUGCUGGAACUGGAGGCGGAACAGGAUCCCCAAGUGGAUGAACUGGAGGGCGAGCGAGUUGCCCGAGGACUGGGUGGUCUGGGAGGACUUGGUGGCAAGUUUGGCGGAUUUGGAGGACUUGGUGGCCUGAAAGGAGGAUUCGGUGGUCUGGGACACGGCUUUGGCGGUGGAUUCGGAGGACAUGGUUUCGGCGGCGGUUUCGGCAGCUUCAAGAGCCUAUUCAACAAGAAGUUCCGCUAAUGUAGCAGCCAUACAUCAAAAUUAUAGUCUAAGAAUUUCGUAAUAAAAUUUAGUUAGGUUAAAG